AUGAAUAUCUGUAUUUCAAAAGAGUCAAAAACACUUCAUAGCUGGUAUGCUUAUCCAAUACUAUAUAAGAUGACUAUUAAAGAGUUUUUUGAUAAACUCAUUAUGGGUAAAAUAUCUCCAGAAUGCAAUAUUUCUGUAAACCUCUUUGAAAUGAUUGAUCAUAUUGAAUUAAGCCAAAUGUUAGAAGCAGGUACAACCACUAUUCAAGCUAGUUCUUAUUGUGAAAUAAUAGAGUCAACUAAAGCAUUUGGUUUAAAUAUACACUACUAUCUUAAAACUAGUAAUAUUAUAACUUCUCAUUUAGUGCUGUGUCAAAAUGUAUUAGAAAUUCUUAUACAAACUCAAAAAAAAAAAUUUUUGCCAAGCUCUUUGAAAUAUGAGAAAUUAAACAAGAAACAAGUAUUAUAUAAUGAUAUAAUCGAAUAG